AUGCAUCCUCACCUCUUUGUGGUGAACGACCAUCCCAAGAACCCCUUUCCUGGAGUUGGGACGGUGUACAUAUACAUCCAGGAUACGCAUGUAGAGGUGAUGGAAAAGUUAUUCGAUUGGGCUGGGAAGCAGCAGUUGCCGGGGUUGACAGCUGAGCAGGCUCGAUUGGCUGGCUAUGUUAAGAUGAAGCCUGGAGAUUCUGUGUUUGCUAGAGAUAUGUGGGGAUCUGGACAACCGGUAGAUGAUGUAAUUCAGGCAUAUUACAAGAUACGGAAGGAACUUAUCGAUGCGAUUAUCGACUCUUGCGAUGAGCUUCUUGGCCCGAAAGAAUUGCGUACAGCCGAUAAGGCUGUUAAGGUCAGUGAUUUUGAGUGA